ACCGACGAAACAAGAGAUAGAGAAACGAUGAGUUCUCAGAUUUCGGAGAUCGAACAAGAGCAGCUUAUCGAGAAGCUUGAGAUCUUCAAGAUCCAUGGCAGAGACAAACGUGGCCGUAAGAUCCUUCGUAUUAUCGGCAAAUUCUUCCCAGCUCGAUUUCUGUCACUGGAUGUGUUAAAGAAGUAUCUAGAGGAGAAGAUCUUUCCUCGAUUAGGUAGAAAACCAUUCGCCGUCCUUUACGUCCACACCGGUGUACAGAGGAGCGAGAAUUUCCCCGGAAUCUCAGCUCUUAGAGCGAUCUACGACGCGAUUCCGGUCAACGUCAGAGACAAUCUCCAGGAGGUUUACUUUCUCCAUCCAGGUCUUCAAUCACGUCUCUUCCUCGCCACUUGCGGCCGAUUUCUAUUCUCCGGCGGGUUGUACGGGAAGCUGAGGUACAUAAGCAGAGUUGAUUAUCUGUGGGAACAUGUGAGGAGGAACGAGAUAGAGAUGCCGGAGUUUGUGUACGAUCACGAUGAUGAUUUGGAGUAUCGUCCGAUGAUGGAUUACGGUCAAGAGAGUGACCACGCUAGGGUUUUCGCCGGAGCCGCCGUGGAUUCAUCAGUCUCAAGUUUCUCCAUGAGGUGUAUCUCAUAGCGUAAAAGGCUAAAACCCCACCCACUACAUAUCGGAUCGUAUCUUAUAAACCAUAUAAUAUACGAUUAAUAAUAUAUUAAAAAGAUUGCAAAUACAGUAGGUGUGCUUUU